AUGGAUUUCAGUCUUUUGGGACCACCAGUACGUUAUUCUCAGUUUCCUUUAAUAGUAGAACGAUCGUUAAAUCACCGUAGGAAAAUAUAUUUCAUAUUUGCUAUUUUUGGAGGCAUAUUAUUAUUCAUAAUUAUAAUUCUUUCUCACUUAAUAAUAUCAAAAUAUUUUAAUCAACAAAAACAAACAACAACGAAAGAAGUAGAAGUUAGAACAACAGUUUCUACUACCACAAUUCAGAGUAAAAGAUUGCCAAUCGUAUCUAUUUAUGCACAAUGCUCUGCUAGUAACUGUCCUAAUAGUAGAACGUGUUGUCCUAAUAAUAAGCUGGCGACAAAAAUGCAUUGUUGUGAACAAAAUACUCCAAUCUGUUGUUCACCAGAUCAAGGCUGGUGUUGUCGGAUAAAGACACCAGUAUGCUGUGGAAAGUAUAAUUGUUGUCCUUUAAAUACAACUUGUUGUACAAUUCGAGGAAUUGAAGACUGUUGCCCAGUCAGUGUCAAUACUUCAAUUACCAAUGAACUUGCUAUUUUAUAG